AUGCUCGCGACUACUGGCGACGAGGCGACGCGCUAUAGCUACCGCGUGAACCACCUCGUGCAAAAGGACAUUCGCAAGCCCAUUCACGCAAUGAAACACUUUAACGCCAACGUCGUUGACGGCCGCAUUCCCAUUGUGCUCACGCCCACGUACUCGACGUUGUUGACGCUGUUUAUGAAAGUGCCGUCAGGUCUCUGGGUGUUCAAGCAAACGUGGAACGCGCACGCGGGCAUGAUGGACCCUGGACUCAAGAUGUGCUGGCCAGCGUGGCACCGCGUGUCCCACAUUGUCACCAAGCAAGCCGUGACGUACUCGAACCCUGUGCGUGGGUGUCCGACGCAGGACAAUGUCAUGGUGGACAUUGACAUUUCGAUCAGCUUCCAGAUUGGUCCAACAGCAGACGACGCGUACACGUUUGUGUACUCGCUCGGCGCGCAUCGCUUUGACGAGCUGCUCUAUAGCCUGACCGAAGAAGCCAUUCGCGGGCUGGUGCACUCGGUGCGUCACGACCAAGUGCACGAUCUGCGCGAAGAGUUUGCCAUGGGCAUGAAGACGGACCUCAACGCCAAGCUCCGGCGCUACGGUGUCUUGAUCCACAAUGUCAAAGUGACGAACGUCGACUUGCCACUUGCACUGUCCAAGACACUGGAGGAGACAACUGCGUUCAAGACGCGCAUGGAGGAACAGGAGAAGAAUCACGAGAACCAGAUGCGGAUGCUGCUGAACCAAGAGACGCAGAAGCUCACGGCACUCGAGAAGCAGAAUGAGCGUGCGAUCCAAGAUCUCCAGGCUGAAAGUGUCCGUGCAGCUAUUAUUCGAGACGAGCGGCGCACGAUCGCCGAAGCAAAGGCGCAAGUCACGAUUGCCGAGCACAAGUCAGCCAACGAAAACAAGAUCAAGGCAGCAGAAGGCUACAAAGCGAACGCUGUUGCAAGUGCGACUGCCAAGACGGUAACGAACAAAGCUCUACCGACUGUAGAGCUUACCAACCUCAAGGCGGACUUUGACCAGUUUGUCAACGUGGCAAAGAUGAACGGCGAGGCGAAGAUUGAUGCUGCAAAGAAGGAGGCGGCACAGAUUGUGGCGAAUGCUAACGCGGAGGGCAAUUCGGCCGCGUUCCUCAAGUCCAAACGGGACUAUGAUUACAACGAGAAGAAGAUUCACAUGCAAGCUGCUCUACUGGAGGCCGUUCCGCUUGUCAUUAGCGGGAAGAAUGGCGACCAGCUCAUUCAAGGCACGUUGUUGCAGACGUUCACGCCAGCAAAGUAG